AUGGAAGAAGGAGUGCGCAAAAUCGCCUGUCGAGGACGCUGCACCGGUCGAAAAAGGGCUUUGGCUAAUCUCAACAAGGAUGGAACUGCUAAAAUAGACAAACAUUACAAGGAGGAGUUUGUUGCUUUCUGCAAAAAGGCAAAGAAAAGAAGAUUCACCCAUGAGCAGUUGAUGAAGCUUGGCCGUGAUCCAUCCGAUCCUCGAUCAAUUCAAGAUUACUUCUAUUCAAAGAAGAUGACCCCUGCCGAGAAAAAAUUGUACGACGAACUGAUCCCCGGAAAUCAUGACUCGAUGCCUAUCUUGAAGAGUACGAACGAGAUUCGCUGGGCUUAUUGCGGGGAGCGCUACAGUGCUGUUCACAUCUGGGAGACGGAGCUGACCGCGAUGAAGGAUAAAGGAAGGAUUAAAUCGUUUUAA